CACCCAUAUCUCAUUUUUACGCAGUACUCCAUACUUGAGGUUUCAAUUAAGUAACUCCCAUUGAACAAAGGAAAGGCAGCCAGGCAGGUUCUAGUUUCAAGUGUUUCGCCAUGGCCAUCUCCAACUCUUUAAUUGCUUCUCUUCUCAUUUCUCUACUCGUUAUCCAUCUCGCUGAAGCUGAUCAGAUGGUGAACAAUAAGAUAUCAGGGAAACCUUUACCGGCGAAAAUGGACUGUGGAGGAGCAUGUGAUGCCAGGUGUCAGUUAUCCUCGAGGCCGAAUCUGUGCAAGAGGGCAUGUGGAACCUGCUGUGCCCGUUGCAACUGUGUUCCUCCGGGCACCUCCGGCAACCAUGAUGUCUGCCCCUGCUACGCCAACAUGACCACUCGUGGCAACAAACGCAAGUGUCCUUGAAAUAUAAGUCGGUCUUGGUUAUGCCGGUGUUUACCUCUUUUCACCUCCAAGAGAAAAACAACAAGGGUUGUAGCAAAUAAAAUUGUGUACUAAAUCGAAGAUAAUUGUCUGUUUUGUGUAAAUUCUAGGGUAAUGCUACAAACCGGGCUUAGUUUUAUUUUAUUAUUAUUCUAUUAUGUUAAUGUAACAGUGUCAGUAAGUUUUUAAAUCAACUCUCGUUGAAAAAAAAAUAUAUAUAUAUAUCUAAGAGGUUGAUUGACACUUUUAUAUAAGCAAAAUGAAAUAGUAAUAGAUAAAAGUAUGGUUCUAGCAUUACUCGAUCUAAAGAGUGGUUUGUAUAGUUUUGUAAUUUGAGUUGUAUAAUGAUGUUUUUACUUUUAUGUUAAAUGAAUAUGUUGAAGUUUCAUCCA